AUGCAAAGCCAGCCAGAGAUCUAUGCACUCUGCGAAUGUCCAAAAUCAGUGCUAAAGUCUUUAUUUUAUUCAGAUUUUUUUCGGCUACGUUAGGAAUUUAUUUCAGUGAUAUAAGUCGUGAUAAAUCGACGACAGUUUUGCCACCACUUUUAUCCUCACUUGUCAAUAAAGGCUACCUCGCCUUCAGUAGUUGUGAAUUGAAUUACACCAAAAAGGGCAACGGUAAGAAUGUAAGAUGAUUAUUUUGGUUCAAAUUAUAAUUUUUAGGCACCUCAGACGUUGAAUACAUCAUCUCGAUUGAUACAAACAAUAAUUUCACGGGUUAUUUUCAACAUUUGUUUACAAAAAUUUUCUAGUCUCAUCACAUAGACUGAUUUUAUGAAAUUUAAGAGGCAAAAGGUCGUUUUCAGUGUUAUUUCAUUUCAAAUUACAAAUCCAGAUUAAACUUUGAGUCUUUGAUAAUCUCAGACAUUUUCUACCUAUUUUCAAAUAAAUUUAGACUCCCUCGCAAAAGAUGAAACCAAAAAGCCACCGAACGCGACAAUGCCGAAUAAAAAGACUCCUGAGGUGGGUUUGAUUCAUUUUAAAAAAAUAAGAAGAAGUGAAAAGUUUUUCAGAACUCGAUCGGAAAAACAAGAAAGAAAGUCUGCUCCAAAAAGUCUCUUAAAAGUAGUACAAGUUCGAAUAAAACGUCGGAGGUUUGAAAUAGACUCGUUAUAUAAACUCUAGAAAGUCUAAAACGAUUGCGAAAUCUCUGCGACUUUAAACUCUUAAAAUAAUAUACUUUAUUUUAGGUUUUCUUCUUAGAAAAAUUGUUUUUUUUAAAAAUGAGGAAAAAAAUGUUGAAGUAGUCAAUUAUUUGAAAAAAAUGGAGCGUCUUCCCUGAAAAAGUCUUGGUUUUUUGAGUUAUCAGAGUAGCCUUAAAAAAAUGAAAUAAAAUAAAAAGGCCCAAAAUAGUCAGAAAAAUGUCCAUCGUGCAUCUACAUGAUCGCUGUUCGCGUCGUCUUGCUCCAUUAUACUCGGCCAGUUUUGUUAGUUUCGCAGGAAAAAUAGAUUAAUUCUCAAAAUACUGUUUUUAGAAUGUGCCCAGGAGCUGAUGCAUCCGUCAAGCAUAACACGGAACGAAUCAGGUUGGACUUGUAGAGAGCAAGUUGAAUUUUAACAAGGCUUGCCGUUCUAAACGGGAAAAUGCUCUUCAAAUCCCUCGAAAAGCUGACCGGAAAAAAAGCUUUUCACCCUUCAAGAUUUGAAAUAAUGAUAUUUUUUUUAAAAAGGACUUCAACUAUUAAAUAAUACUUUAUAAAAUAUUUUUUUUUCAUCCAAUCAUACAAUUCAAGAGCUCAAUCUUCAUACUCUGGCGAAUUUCCAUCGACAAGAACCCUCGCCCACGUUAUCGCCCUAUUCUUGGACGAGUUGAAAAAGCGUGUCGAGUAAGCUUUCCAAAAGUUCGAACUCACAAAAAACUAUUUUUCAGAGGACCGUUCCAAGCUCGAAUGGCUUAUUGCGUGGGACCUGUUUCUCGCAAGACCUCGCUUCCAAUCGAAAAAAGCAAGCUCAACGUGCAACUCUUCAAAAUUUGCAACGAAUACGACCAACUCACAAUUAUCAUUAAUGCUUACGGCGACUCGGAAUGA